AUGAGCGUCGAGGCAUACAGUCAAUGCCGCAUUAAAUUAACUUCCCUACAAGGCCAAAUUACAAGUUUUGAGCGAUGCCUUAUUGAGUUACGUCAAUACGAUAUCGGCGAUUAUGUUCUACGAGCUAUUGAUGUAAAUAGCCAUAGUUCAGAAAUCUUUAAUUGUUGUCUGGUUGAUCGUAAACAAUAUAUUUUUGGUGCGUCAAUCAAUCAGCCCGAUAUGAUCAAUGUAAUGAGUAGUACUUGUCAUUUGUGGUUAAAUGAAAAAUCGCGCGAUCAUUUUCAUGAAGUACUGCGAACAUGUCUUGAGGAUUUCCUAAUUGUAAAAGAUAAAGAUAACAAAAUUUCAUCUCAACAACAUAAUCAAAUGAAUUCGACAUCGCUGUUAAACGAACUUUCUACACAAGAAGAUGCACCCUAUUAUCGAAAUGAGGAGCCAUUUGAUUGCAUUACUUGCAUGGAGACAAUUAUGAAAGGCGAAGGAAUUCUAUUCAGUAAUUGCCUACAUCCAAUUUGUAAACAAUGUCUUUUGAGAAUGAUUGAAGCAAGUACGGAACCAACAAUUAAAUGCCCACAUGAAAACUGUACUGCACUUAUUACAGAACGAGAACUGCGAGGUGUAGUUAAUGAUUUAAAAGGCGAUCCAAAGGUGGUCGAUCGUCUUAAUGAUGUUGCUGUGCGUUUUGCUGAAAGUCGUAAUAAAACAUUUCAUUGUAUUACACCUGAUUGUGCUCAUUGGUGGUUCAUAGAGCCAGAAGACACUAACAAUAUAAUAUACUGUAAGGGCUGUAAACACUGGAUAUGUACAACUUGUUCGGCAAUCCAUGAAGGUCAACCUUGUCGUGAUUAUCAAGAGAUGAGAUUGCGCGAAGCGAAUGAAAGUAUUUUUCGUAAAGAUACAGAUUAUUUGGAGACCAUGAUCAAGAAUAAAGAAGCCAUGUAUUGUCCCGGUUGUCGUGCUAUCAUUCAAAAAAUGUCUGGCUGUGAUUGGAUUCAAUGUAGUCAAUGUAAAAUAGAAAUUUGUUGGCCAACACAAGGUCCUCGCUGGGGUCCGAAAGGACAUGGUGAUACAUCGGGAGGAUGUCGAUGUCGUGCUGACAAUGGCAAACUUUGUGUGCCUAAUUGUCAAAACUGUCAUUAA